UCACCUGCCGAUCCCAAUCGCCUGAUCGUCGUCGGUCAGACAGACGCCGAACCGAGACCGAGAGUGCAAAGGGGCCAAACCUUCCACCUUCCCAUUCCACGCACAGACUUUUCCCCAGCUGCGCCCGCCCCAACUACCUCGCGCGCGCGGCAGGUCGUGCGAUGGACGACGCCACGGUCGCAUCGCGGCAGCGCCAGCAGCAGCAGCCGGCCUCGCCGGCGACGACGACGAAGGAUUCCAGGGACAUGAUGGCGGAGCUGGACGCGCCGCUGCACGCCCUCGGGUUCGAGAUGGAGGAGCUCUCCCCGUCGCGGCUCACCGGCCGCCUCCCCGUCACUCGCAUCUGCUGCCAGCCGUUCAAGGUGCUGCACGGCGGCGUGUCGGCGCUGGUGGCGGAGGCGCUGGCGAGCAUGGGCGCGCACAUGGCGUCCGGGUACAGCCGCGUCGCCGGCGUGCAGCUCAGCAUCAACCACUUCCGCAGCGCCGCCCUCGGCGACACCGUCCUCGCGCAGGCCGUCCCCGUCCACGUCGGACGCUCCACACAGGUUUGGGAGGUAAAGCUCUGGAAGAUGGAUGCAUCCACAGGAGAGAAGGGGCCUCAGAUCGCCGAAUCCAGAGUCACCCUGCUGUCUAACCUGCCGUUGUCGGAGAAGCACAAGACGGCAGGAGAUGCUCUAAAGAAAUAUGCAUCAAAACUGUAGAAAAGAACCUUCAAACUGAUGAAAACCUUGCAUCUCGCAGGUUUCACGGAUCUGAUGGAUGUUGCAAAAGCAUUGCCUAUAAUACUAUUUCUUAUACCACCAAUUUCUUGUUCUGUGCUAUGUAUGUACCAUGCAUGUGUCCCGUUGGAGCCUUCAUCGCACUACACAGCAAAAUAGAAGACCUUUCCUGUUGAACAUACAUACUGUAUGACUUAAUGCCAUCGUCAGUUGCAAUAACAGGCGGUCAACUUCGUUGUAUAAAGGUGAAAAAUAGUUGUAAAGGUGAGUAAUGCAAAGGUACUUGGAAGAUGUUUGUCUCCCCGAAA